GUCCCAUUCACACCAGCUUGCUCCCUCUCCUUCACAGAGCGGCCCACCUACUUCAUUCUGUACACAAACAACGCUUUCUUUUCAAUCAGUGUCUCAGUUCUGCAACACGCCCACUUUCUGUCUCUUUUGCCUUCCCCUCCCUUCCAUUUUCUUGGCAGAAAUUUCUGUCUGAAGAGAAGACAGAGGUUGAAGAAAAGGAAGGGGGGAAAAACAGAGUAAAAUGUCGAGCGGUUCGUUUCUGAACAAUGAGCUAUCGAAGAAGACUUCAAUCUUCGGUUUGCGAUUGUGGGUCGUGGUGGGUAUCUGCGUGGGAGCCGCCAUAGUUGUUUUCCUCUUCCUAAUCUCGCUCUGGUUCACAUCAAAGCGCAACAGAAGAACCAACAACGCUAAUACUAGUAGUAAUGGUCUCUCUUCCUCUGUUUCUCAAUUUAAGUCCUCACCCAUCAACAACCAGAUUAUCCCAAAUGUCUCCAAGGAGAUAACCGAGAUCCGGGUCGACCCGGCCCCUUCUCCUCAUCCUCCUCCUCCCGGGUUGAAUCCGAAGCCCGACCCGGAUCCAAACCCGUCUCCGUAUCAGCAACAGCAGCAGGGCUCUGUUUCCUCUGACUCCCGCAACAGAAUUCAGUUCGAGAUUGGGAAGGACCACCGGAUUUCUUACGGGUCGGGUCACGGGAGCGGGGAGGCCCGGUCGGGUCCCAGGUCCGGCGACCAGGGUGCGAUGACGGUGCCGGAGGUUUCACAUUUGGGUUGGGGACAUUGGUAUACUCUGAGGGAGCUGGAGUUGUCUACUAAUGAAUUUGCCGACGAGAAUGUGAUUGGGGAAGGUGGGUAUGGGAUUGUUUACCGUGGAGUUUUUGAAGAUAAAACCACUGUCGCAGUCAAGAAUCUGCUCAACAACAGGGGUCAAGCCGAGAAGGAGUUUAAAGUUGAAGUGGAAGCAAUUGGAAGGGUGCGGCAUAAGAAUUUGGUGAGGUUGCUAGGUUAUUGUGCUGAAGGUGCUCAUAGGAUGCUUGUUUAUGAGUAUGUUGAUAAUGGCAACUUGGAGCAAUGGCUUCAUGGUGAUGUUGGCCCUUGCAGCCCUCUCACAUGGGAGAUUCGCAUGAAUAUAAUCACUGGGACUGCCAAAGGGCUAACAUACUUGCACGAGGGGCUCGAGCCAAAGGUGGUUCAUCGCGAUAUAAAAUCGAGCAACAUUUUGCUCGAUAAGCAGUGGAAUCCGAAAGUUUCCGACUUCGGUUUGGCAAAGCUUCUGGGAUCGGAGAGCAGUUAUGUGACGACUCGAGUAAUGGGGACAUUCGGAUUGUGGGUUAGUGUAAUCAGGUUUAUGUUAUUCUCCCCCAGGUAUGUGGCUCCGGAGUAUGCUAGUACAGGGAUGUUGAACGAGAGAAGCGAUGUGUACAGUUUUGGAAUCCUUCUCAUGGAAGUCAUAUCUGGAAGGAACCCGGUUGAUUACAGUCGCCCGCCAGGAGAGGUGAACCUAGUUGAGUGGCUUAAAACGAUGGUGACGAAUAGGAAUGCAGAGGGCGUCCUGGAUCCUAGAUUGCCCAAGAAGCCGUCUUCAAGAGCAUUGAAGCGUGCCCUUUUAGUAGCUCUAAGGUGCGUGGAUCCAAAUGCUCAGAAAAGGCCGAAGAUCGGGCAUGUGAUCCAUAUGCUGGAAGCUGAUGAAUUCCCAUUCCGAGAUGAUCGUCGAACUGGAAAGGAUCAAAGCCGCCCCAAUCGAGACAGUUUCAGAACCGAUAGCCAGGUGAUGGAGUCAGGUGACAGCAGCGGAUACGAGAGUGGAGCUCAAACAAACAGAUCUUUAUCGAAAAAACCAGAACUCGAUGAUCGGUAAGGAUAUUUGUGGAGAACCCAGAUUCCGAGUUGUGUAUCAUCUUGUAUGUGUUAUUGUGUUUGAUUCUUCAUUCAUUCAGAGGCUCUGCUGUCAUGCCAAUGGGCAAUGGCUGAUUUUGGCCGCAGCAUAUGCAGAAAAAGUCCCCCGAAUCCCCAUUUGUGCUGUGGUAAUCCUGACUGUGUUAGGAUUAGAUGGUGAAUGGGGGCAAAUCAUGUAUGUAGAGUAUGUAGUCGUGCGUGUGUGUAUGUAGAGGCUGCAACAGAAAUUUUGUUUAUUGUAAUAGGAGCAGAGGAAUCUUUUUGAGUCACAUGUUUAUGCCACGGAAGGUUUUUAGAGAAGCAAGCAGCUUUUGGACAUUAAAGACCGUGAAUUUGGGGAGGAAUCUUCUUCUGUCCUCUGCAUCUUCUACUGUCGGGAUUCUGUCAGUGUAAAGGUUAAAACCGAGGACGAGAAAGGAAGCUUCAGCUACUGGGUAAUACAGGUAGCUUGCUGCCGGUGCGGGUCCUUGUCAGUUUUAUGGUUUUUGUAAUGACAAGUGAUGCCGUGGUUAUAUGUCUCGCCGACAAACCGUGGGUUAAACUAUUGCUCAAUUGGGCUAAGAUUAGGUGACAAAGGAGGUCCAGUAGGCAGUAGUCAUGAUCUCAGUCAUGG